AUGGGGGUGUUGGAGAAGGUGCCUCCCUAUAGGGCCUUCGUAAAAAUCAUGUUGCUCUCUGAGAAGAAGACCUUGAAAGGAGAUGGAACUGUGGUCUUUACCAAGGAGGCCAUGCCUAAGGAGGUGUAUGUUGCUGAGAAAUUGAAGGAAGAAAAGGCUCAAGAAGAGAUUGAAAGGACAUUGUUACAUGCCCCAUUGGUGGCACAGGAGCAUGAAGUACCACACCUUCAGAAGCCCCAAAAGGAGACCAAGGAUGAGCACCACUCACAGUUCUUGGAAGUCUCUAAGAAGCUACAAAUCAAUAUUCCUUUUGCUGAGGUUUCAGAGCAAAGACCUCUCUCUGCUGCACUUUUGAAGGGCUUACUCUCUGAAAAGAAUACCUUAAAGGGAGAUGAAACAAAGGUCCUGACUAAGGAGUGCAGUGCACUAAUUCAGAAUAAGUUGCCAAGGAAGAUGCUAGACCUCGGGAGCUUUCAGAUUUUAUGUACUAUUGAAAAUAUUGCUUUUGACAAAGUCCUGUGUGAUCUUGGCUCAAGUAUAAAUCUGAUGUCUUUGUCUAUAAUGAAAAAGAUGGGAAUCCAAGAAGCAUAA